UCUAACAUAACAGAGCAACGGCGUUUAGAAAAAAAGCUGGUAGGAGAAUUCUUCAUCCGUCCUUCUGUUUCAUGGCUGCACACAGGCGCUUCUGAAAAGAACCAUGUCAGGAAGCUCCGGAUGCCCCUUUUUCCUCUGGGGACUUCUAGCCUUCUUUGGUUUGGCUCUGGUUAUAUCGUUAAUCUUCAAUAUUUCCCACUAUGUAGAGAAGCAGCGACAAGAUAAAAUGUACAGAUACUCUGAUGACUACAUUCCAAGAGCUGAAGAAUAUUAUGUUGAAGAUACUCCAAUUUAUGGUAACUUAGAUAAUAUAAUCCCAGAAGCAAUAAAUGAGGGCUGCUAUGAGCAAAUGAAAGCUGGACCACAAAGAUACGCAAGUGAUAUGCAAGAAGCCACCACAUCUGGACAGGGACGUGCCGAAGAUCAGAUGUGCUAUGCCACACUGGAUCACAGCUUCAAGGGGAAACGCAGAAGACCUAGGAAACAGAAUGCUGAUUUGUUAGACAGGGAAAAGGAUGCCCAAGUGUGUGCAAUGGAUGCCAACAUUUCUCAGAUCAAUUUGGUAGAAAGUUCCCCGCUAGAUAACCAGGCAGUAGAGGAAAGUGUUCAUGAUGAUCCUGCAAGACUGUUUGGAUUGAUCCGUGCCAAGAGAGAGCCUGUAAUCUAGCUGGAUCCAGCUGACUGAUAAGCACCCUAUCAGAGAGGGUUAAGAAAACAAGAGGACUGGAAGGACAGUCUGCUCAUUCGUCGAUGGGAUGGAAGCUUCCUUUUCCUUCAGAGAUUGUGUCUCCACACACUCAAUCUAGUGUCAUUAAAAUUAGCUACAUGAAUUCAGUUAAAAAAUAUCCAAGUAGGAGAAGUAAAAUAAUAAAAUCCAGUUUGUAAAUUAAGUUACUUGAUAACAAAGCCAAAAUGUAUAGCAAUACCUAGGAAAUUUUUAAAAAUCUAAAGUACAUAUGUGCUCCAGGAUAUGUCGAUUGAAAGAUAAAAGCCAAUGUCUUAAACUAUUAAUCAGUUGAACAUUUCCUCUUUCAUCAAUGUGUAUAAAUAAUUAGAAAUUUCAUAUUGAAAGUACAUUGCCAAGAAAAGUAGAAUAAUCUUGAGGGGUAUUUUUCCAAAAUGUAAGUAACAUAAUUAGUUCAAAACUUGAAAGUUCCAUGUUCCUUACAAGAAUAAAAAAAGAACUUAGAAAUUCUACUGCCAGAGAUUAUAAUAUGAAUAGCUUUUUUUCUGUGUUUGUGAAUAUUUAACGGACAUAACCAUGUAUAUGUAUCAGUUGUUCCCUUUCUCUGUUUUUACUUAAAAGUAGAGGAUUAUGAGUGUUAUUUAAAUUUUCUUCAUGGAUCAAGGUGCUCUGGCUUUACUUCUACUAUAUUUAACUAUAUCAAAUGUCUGUAUUUUGUCUGUGCUACUGCUGGAAGCUAACUCAGGAUCUCUCACAUAAAAAGCAAACGAUCACUGAGCUUCAUCCCAAGUUCUGUCUCGUAAUUGUAAAGUCUGCGUUGUAUCUCAUUUAUGAUUCAAUCAGAAUUCAUUCCACUAAUAUUGAAGACUACUUAAUUUAAUUCAAGCUUCUAUUUAUGUGUACACAAAUAAUAUUCUAAUGAGAAUGUUCCAAGACAUGUCUGGAUACUUACCUAGUUUCUUUUUUGUGUUAA